AUGUCUAAACAAAUAAACUUCUUUAGGGUGUCUGAGUAUUGCCCUAAAUCACUUUCAAAUAUUAUACAAUUUUAUCAAACAAAUGACAUUGAAAUACUUAUAAAUUCAUUACAAAAGUAUAACCAAUCUCCACUUCCAAGGGAAUUAAAAAAAAAUAUUUUUACACUUAUUCCAUUUCUUGCCAAUAGUGUAUUUAACGUAUUUUAUAAUAUUCCUGUAAUUAAUAAUAAUGGAAUUUUCAUUGCUGAUUUAUCUCAUCAAAAUGUUAAACAAUUAGAGGAAUUAAUGAAAGAAUUUAUAAAUGCAUUUUUUAUCAUUAAACAAUAUUUUUCUGUUCUUUCUAUUCAUAAUGAAAACAGAAUAAUGUUCCAUUUCUUUGAACGAUUUUUGUUAUGUAAUAAUUUGUAUUUAACAACAUGUUUUAUUUCAUUGUCAUAUAUGUUUAAUCCAACAUGUAGUUUUAUUACAACAGUAAAUACAUUUAUUAAAAAUGACUUUUAUUUACCAUUUAAUUUAGAGAAAUUAAAUUCAUUUGAACUAUUAUUACAAACAGAAUUACAAAAAAAUUCUAUUGAAUAUAAAAUUGAUUAUUAUCAAUUAAUUUAUCAAUGUCAAUCUAUUCAACUUUUAGCAGACUCUCGUUUAUUAUGGUGGAUUAAAAAUAAUAACAAAACUAUUACUUUAUGGAAUGAUUUAUUUGCAUUAAAUGUUGCAAGUCAAAUGUGUUUAAUACCUGACGAAUUAAAUCUUGAAUCAUAUCAAUUUCCAUUUGUUAUUUUUAAUCAUUUAUUGGAAGUACCUCAAACUCGAAAUUUAUUUUAUUUAUUUAAAGAUAGAAUUAUAUUCAUUGAAAGUUUUAGUGAAGUAGUUAAAAAGGCUAUUUCAUUAUUAUCUCAAGAUAAACUUCAACCCCAAUCUGACCUUCUUACUUCAUCAGAAAUUAUUCAUGAAGAUGGAUUAAUUAAUGAAUUGUCUAUUGAAGAUAAAUAUUUUGCAAAGAAAAUUAUUGAAAAAAUUACUUCUCAAAUUGAAUUUUCAUAUGUUAUUCCUUAUAUCACUUCAACUGAUCUUCCUGAAUAUGCUCAUAGAUGGAUAUUCUCUGUUAUUAAAGAUCACUCAAAUUUUAAAGGUAAUACAAAACAACGAAAUGAUUUAUUCUAUGACUAUUUAAAAAAAGUUAAUAGUAAUUCGAGAGAUAUAUGUAAAAUUUAUUCAUUAUUUGCAGAGACAAUUAUUUCUACUAUGUCACAUGUUAAUGAAGAACAUGUUCAAUUAGUCGUUGAUUUUUUUAUUGCCAAUUCAUUAAAUUAUGAUUUUCUUUCUAGUAUUUUUCAAGAAAAUAUUUUAUUUAGAUUCUAUUUAAAAUUUAUUGGAAGUCCAAUUGCAACAAAAAUAUUUGAGAAGACUUUAACAUGUAUUAGACAAACUAUUGAAAUAUUGAAGAAAAGUGAUGAACAUUUUCCAUUACUUAAUGUAAUAGAUGGAGAUGAUCCUGUUGUAUUAAGUGAGGUUAUUAGCAAUUAUACUUCUUUUAUGAAACAAUUAAGAAAUACAGAUGCAUUCAGUGGUGAUGAUAAUAUUAACUCUUUAAUGAUAAACUGUAUUUUGUUAUGUUUAAGAUAUGGAGGAAGGGAUGUAUGGAGUAGUGUUCAUGAAAAUUACAGAAAUCUUCAAAUGAUUUCAAAAGAAUUAUUGAGUCAAUUAGUAAUUGAUUCAUGUAACAUUAUAGAUUGUAUAGCUAAAGAAUGUAAUGCAGAUAAAAUUAAUGACAGUUUUUAUUGGAACAUUGAAAGUAUUAAAGACAAAUAUCGUUUUAGUUAUGGAUCACCAUUGUUGUAUUCAGAAAAUAGAAUGUCAAUGCAAGAAAAACAAAUAGAAAUAUAUGACAGAUAUGGUAUUGAAUUAUUUGAAGAAAGUAUUGGUAAAAAUAAUGCAUUGUAUUAUGUUAGAACAGCAUUAAAUUUUGGGGAUAUUUUAUGUUCAUUUGGGGAUAGAAUGAAAAAGAAAGAUGUAAAGAAAAUUAUUGAAAAGAGAAUGGAAAUAAAUGUACCAUAUGAAUAUUUUAGAACGAUUGAAAUUAAUUUGGUUUCUAAUGAACGUUUUAGUACGGUUUAUAUUAUAUUAGUUAAAGAAAUGUUUCAAAAUAUUUAUAAUAAGUUAUCAAACAAUGAAUAUGUUACUAAUAUGGAACUUUAUAAGAUAUCUGUUUUACUAAAUAAGAUUUAUUUGUAUAAUGAAGAAUCUCAUUUUUUAAUUAACUCUAUUCCUAAAGAACAUGUAACUAGUUAUAUAAAAGAAAUUUUUAAAAGAUAUUAUCAAGAAAUUAUUCAAUUACCAAAUUUCAAUCCACAAUUAUUUAGAUUUACUACUACUAAUACUAUUGAUAAAAGAUAUCGUGUUAUUGCAAUUUUUGAUUAUAUUUUAUAUAUUCUUGCAGAACCAACAACCAUUUUAAAUGAUUUUUGUUCAAUUGUAUUAUUACCAUCUUUAAUGUCUCAAGAAUUUGAAAAAGAGAUGAGUAUUGGAUUAUUGUGGUUUAUUGAUAAUAAUGAUUUUAUAAAAUUUAAGAAGUCUUUAAAAAUGCCAACUUAUAUUGAUAAUAUGGUUAAGUAUUAUAUUACUUUAUUACAACAUUAUUCAAAAGAACAUGAUGAGUUAACAUUUAUUCCUUUAAAGUUAUUUUAUGACUUUUUAAUUACUAAAGUUCUUCAUGAAAAAUCAUUUUUUGGAGAUUCAUUUAAGUUAUAUAGAAAGUUAUUUGAUAUUUUAGCAUCUCCUUUGAAUUUUAUAUUACCAGUUAAUUGUUAUUCAUCGUGGAUUAAUCUUGCGUUAUUAAUUAUUUUAAAGUCUCCUUUCCCUAAUAAAUUCCAAGAAAGACCUGAGCCAUUUGUCCAGUUCACUGUAAAAAUUCAAAAGAAUUAUUUUUAUUACCUCAAACAACAAAUUGAAUCUUUCUCAUAUGAAACUAUUCUUUCAAAUAUUAUGUUAUCUUCUGCAUAUACUGAUAUUUUAUUUUAUUUAGACGAAAUAAAUACACUCCAAGAUAAAAUUCUUUCUACUAAUCAUAUUACUGAUGGCAUUUUAACUGUUAUAAAAAAGUUGUGUAAUAACAAAACUGAAGACAAUUCAAAAUUGUUUGAUCUUAUUUGUUUAAUCAAAAAAGAAUUCAAUCAACAUCAACAAGGAGAAAGAGAAAUAUUUGCAAAUAUUUUGCAUAUUUGGAAAAGUAAUAAUAUUAUUUUUGAUGACCAGAAGUCAAGAAUUAUUGAACUUGUUGAAUAUGGUAUUGAACAUUUAGAAUAUCAAAAUAAAAAUUCAUAUUAUUUAAUGAAUAUAAUGUUACGAUUGAUCAAAAUAUUACAAGAACCAAGUGAAUGGAAAUUUGACGUUAUGGAGUUUAUUCAAAGUAUUGAAAGUAACAUAGGACAAGACCCUCUCUUGUUAAUCCGAAUUUUCCAUAAUGAGUCAUAUGACAAAACUCCUGUAAUAAACCAUAAGUCAGAGUCUAGUAUACCAAAUAUUUCUAUGGUUACUGUAAAAAGGAUUAUUGAAAGAAUUGAAAACAUUGAUCAAACUAUUCAAAAAUGUCAAUUCCAAAUGGAAAAAUACAUAGAAAUAAUGAAUAUUAGAGCAGCAUAUUUCGAUAUAGUUUAUUUUACUGUUGUAUCUAGACUUAACCAAAUAAAAGAAAAUGAAAUUUACGAAAUAAUAAAAAGGCUCAUGAAGAUUAGAUUAAGUCCAUAUAUUGUAAUUACUUCAAUUGUUAAAGAAACUGAUCAAUUGUUAAGUUCAUUAAAUGUUAUUAAUGAAAUGAAAGACAUAAAAGCAAAUUUAAAUGAAGCACUUAUUCAAAGUUGUAAAGAACAACGGAUUAUUAAAAAUAUUCCAAUAGAAAGUGUAAAAGAAGACUUUAAAGUUAUGGUUCCAUUUUCAAUGAAAUCCAAAACCACCAAAAUAGAUGUUAUUAAAACAACCCAAGAAUACAUUCAAGAACAACAAAGUAAUUUAAUAAAUGAUACAAUUGUUAAAAUUAUUAAACACCAACAAAAAUUAUCUACUGAGUCUAAUGAUGAAAAGAAAGUAAGUGAAGUUGAUGAUUUUGGAUUGGAAAGUUUGUUUGAUUUGACAAGUGAAGGAUAUGAACAAACCUCUAGCCAUCAAAAUGAACAACUUAAUCAUGAAGACUCUACAGAAGCACAUAGACAAGUAAAUGACCUAGAAAAUCAUGACAGAACAGAUAGUAGUGAUGAUAGCCAUGAACAACAUGAACAUUUAAAUGGUUAUGAAUCUAGUCAGAAUAAUGACAAUAUUCACCAAAGACUAAGUGAAGCAGCACAAAGUAUUGCCCAGCAAAUUCAACGCUUAGAAGAACAUAGAGGCGAGGAUGAAUUAUUACAAAACGAUAACUCCAUGUACAUGUUUGAUUUUGGUGAAGGAGAACACCAAAACAUACCAAAUAACUCACAAACAGGGAUACACUCUCGUAUUACUAACCAACAAGAACAACCAAGCCAAAUGGAAGUUAACCAAAAUGAACAACCAGCUCAAGAGAACCAAGUGCCACAAUCUCAAGAACAAACAAAUCAAAAUGAAGUACCACAACAACCUAACCAAGAAGAUUUUAUAAUGCCUGGUACUGAUUUAUUUAGUUCGGAUGAAAGCCAAGAAACACAAGAACAAGAAGAGGUGCAGAAUGAAGAAAUACAACAAAAUGAACAAGAACAAAACGAACGUUUGUUCAAUGGAAGACCAUUACCUCCUGAUAUUGAUGCAACUACAUUCUUCUCACUUCCUAUUAACCUUCAAGAAGAAAUCAUUGAGGAAUAUAACCAACAACACCCAGAGUCACAAAACCAAAAUAAUACAACAAACCAACAAACUCAACAAAAUGCACAACAACAAGACAAUACAAUCGAUUUUAUUUAUGAUUUAGAUCCUGUACUAAGAGAAGAUAUUCUUAGAAACGCUGAUGAGGCAAUGUUACAAUUAUUACCUGAAGACCUUCGCACAGAGGCAAGAGAAUUACAAAGAGAAGGUGCAAGGUAUGGACCAUUUACUGAUGGGGGUAUUGUCUCUGAUGAUUCUGGUGAUAGUGAGUUGGACAGUGAAGAUUACAACGAUCAUUACAAUGUAUUAAAAGUACCAAAUGAGGAUAUUGAAGCAAGUUAUGGUGUUGAGGCUAUUGUUCCAUUAACGAAAUUAUUCAUUGCCAAUAAUUAUGUUCUUUCAAAUAUUGCAUUAAAUAAAUUAAUUUGUUUAAUGAAUUACUAUAACUCACAACAAUCUAUAAAGUAUUUUGAAAUUGUUACAUUAAUUUACCAACACAUUAUUUUGCCAGGUGUUGAAGGAGAACUUGAUAUAAUUUCAUUAGAAAAAGUUUUAAAGUUAGUGCUAUUAACACUAUAUCAUAGAAAAAAAUAUUCUAUAACAUCAACUGACUUUUUCUAUUUAAUCCAACCGAUUGUAGCACAUAUUUUUGAAGAAAAAACUGAAUUACCUAUCUUUAUUCAACAUUUAAUUGCUGCUACUUUUAGUGAAUUGUUAAUUAACAUUAAUACAUCAACACAAUUAACAAAUUAUAUUGUAUUUAAAAAACUUGCAUUUGAACGAUUUGUCAAUGCAUUGAACAAACAAUAUGGUAUAUUUUCUGAAAGUGCUAUCAAACAAACAGUUUUAUUAUUAUUUACUAACACAGGAAUGAUUGAUACUAUCAAAUCAACAAUUAUUGACCAAUAUAAUUUCUUAUUAAAAGGUAUAUUUACACACGAAGACCUUGACGUCAUUUUAUCUUUUUGUUUAUGUAUAAAUGCAACAAUUGAUCAAAAUAUUAAAAAUGGCCUUCCUUUAAUUAGUUCCUUUACUGAGCUGUUUACAGAACAAUCAUUAAAAACAUUAGAUGACUUAAUUAAAAAGUAUAGAAACAUGAGGAAAAUAUUAUUAGAAAUAGCAUAUUGCUAUUUGAAUUUCUGUAUUGCAGCCAAACCAAAUUUAUUAAAAACUUUCAAGUCAAUUGAUAUGUUCUUGGAUAAAUACAAAGAAAUGGUAGAAAAAAUUAUUCGAAUAGAACCACAAUUACUAAAAACAUCGUUCAAUUUAUUGUCUAGAUAUCCCAAAUAUUUGACGUUUGAAGCCAAAGCACAAAUUUUUAGAAAACAAAUAAAGAAAGAGCAAAAAAGACAUUCAAGAAGAGGAUUUUAUAUUUCAGUUCAUAGAAAUAAUAUCUUCCAAGAAAGUUAUUCACAAUUGAUGUUUGCUACAAAUGAUGAUUUGAAAGGAAGGUUAAAAGUUAAAUUUGUUGGAGAGCAAGGAAUUGAUAUGGGUGGAUUAAGAAAAGAAUGGCUUCGAGUUAUUGCUACCUCAAUGUUUAAUGCUGAUUAUUUAUUAUUUAUGCCAACCGAUGAUGGUCACUUCCAACCAAAUCCAAUGUCAGCAGUAUUUGGAGAUAUUGAAUUAUAUAAAUUUAUUGGAAGGGUUGUAGCAAAAACUGUUUAUGAUGGAGAGUUCCUUGAUGUUAAUUUUACAAAAAGUAUGUACAAAGCAUUAUUACAACAAGAAGUUACUUUAAGUGAUAUGGAAAGUGUAGACCAACAAUUUUAUAAAAAUCUUAAAUGGUUAUUAGAAAAUAAUGUUGAAGGAUUAGAAAUGAAGUUUUGUUAUGAAAGAGAAGAGUUUGGAAAAACAAUUAUUGAUGAUUUAAUUCCCAAUGGAAGAAAUAUUGAUGUUACUGAUAAAAAUAAACAAGUUUAUGUAAAGCUAUUGGUUGAUUAUAAAUUAAAUAAAUCUGUUAAAAAACAGAUAGACUUAUUCAAAGAAGGGUUCUAUUCUAUUAUUCCAUUUGAAAUGAUUAGUUGUUUCUAUGACACAGAAUUAGAACUUCUUAUUUCUGGAAUGCCUGAUAUAGAUACUGAAGAUUUUAUGGCAAAUACUGAAUAUAGAGGAUAUACUCUUCAAAGCCCUGUUAUUCAAUGGUUCUGGGAAAUAUUUAAUGAAAUGGAACAAAGACAAAAAGUUUUAUUAUUACAAUUUGUUACUGGAUCAUCAAAAGUACCUUUAGGAGGUUUUAAAAAUUUGAUGGGAAAUGGAGGUAAAAUGCCAUUUACUAUUCAAAGAAUUUCAUGUAGCGAAAAAUUACCAGUUGCUCAUACCUGCUUUAAUACAAUUGAUAUACCAGAGUAUCAAACAUUAGAUGUUUUAAAAGAUAAAUUAUUAAUGGCUAUUUCUGAAUGUAACCAAGGAUUUGGAAUGGCUUAA